GAUAAUAUAUAAAUGAUCAAUUCUGAGAUCUGAGUACUUAUUACUGAGUUAAGACCCGGUUUUCAAUUGAGUAGUGACUAGUUAUUUAACUUGUAGUAACUUUAAUAAUUCUAAAUUCGUCUUCAAGUCAUACCUCUUUAGCCAUGGCAGGUAAAAUGAUCGACUUAAAAAAUUUGAACGUGCAGCAACUGGCAAAAAUGAAGGAACAGGUGUACAAAGAAGUGAGUUUAAUACAAGACUCAUUACAAUCUUUGAAGAUAGCACAGAAAAGGUACAUUAGUUCACAAGAGGCGCUGGAAAGUGCAAAAGGACGAGCAUCAGGCACAUCUAUGAUGAUUCCUUUGACCAAGUCCAUGUACGCAGCUGGACAAUUAAUCAAUCCUGAGCAUGUGACGGUGUGCAUAGGUGCUGGAUAUUAUUUGAAACUCGAGAUUAAUGAUGCAAUUCAAUACUUCAAAAGACGCGUCAACUUCCUUGUGGAACGAAUGGAAGGCAUUCAACAGAUUGGUUUAGAAAAACAGAAGCUACAGAAUGUUGUUACUGAAGUACUAGAGAUGAAAUUACAACAAGCUCAAACUGAAAAUAAAUAAAUAACAGUUAUAUGCUAACCUUUUUUUAUUACUUUUAUCUAACAUCUAAUAUAAAUAAAGCUAAAUGUUUUGAUUUUAAUGCCUACUAAAUUAAACUAAUCAAAUGUUUGUUAAAUAUUUUCUUUAAAUGAUUGGUACUGCUUCUCGUCCUUAUUGAAGCAAAUUCUUUGUAUUGCAUUGAGAAUUCUUAUUGUCAAAAUAUUUAAUAUUCGUAUGUUAAAUUAUUAGACUAAAAUAUUGUGUAUAUUUAAGAUUCUAUCAGUUAAUAUAUAUAUAUAUAUCAAUUAUUUAUGAAUUGCAUAUUUAAACAUUUUAUUCAAUUAUUGUUUGUAUCAAAACAUACAAAAGUGUAAAUAAUAAUAAAUGUAAAAAGUAGACAAGUGAAUAUCACUCUAUGUACUGCUGUUAUUUAUGUUUCAAAUAGAUCACUGUAAAAAAAUGAAUUUAAUGAAAUAUGAUUUUAAGUAGAGAAGGUCUGUCAUUCUGUCACCUUACAUGAAUAAGUGUAUUUAAUUUUUUUAAAAAACAAUAUUUAGUAUGAUAAUAAUAGUUAACUAAUAAAGUAAUACAUUUUUAUACCA